AUGCGCUGCGCCCCCCUCCUACUGCUGCUGCUCUCCGCGGGGGACGCCGCGGUCAUCACCGGGGCUUGCGACAGGGAUCUACAGUGUGGGGGUGGCAUGUGCUGCGCUGUUAGUCUCUGGAUUCGCAGCCUCCGAAUGUGCACGCCAAUGGGCGACUUGGGAGAAGAAUGUCAUCCUUUGAGUAAUAAAGUCCCGUUUCUUGGGAGAAGAAUGCAUCACACCUGCCCAUGUCUGCCUAACUUGGCUUGCCUACGGAUAUCUCCUAGCAGAUUCAAAUGUUUACCAGAGUUCAGAAACGAAGAUGUCUUUUUUUAG